GUUUUUGAAAUUAAAUACUUCUAAAUGCCAAAAAUCUGAAAAGUUCGACACAUUGAAAGAAGCUAUCGAUCUUGACCACUGACCAAAAAGUAUCCAACACGAAAUCUAAUUUGAGGACACAAAGAAAAUCAUUGAUUUGGAAAUUAGUGAACUUUAUAAAGGUUAUAAUGCUGAACAAUUGCCUAGUCUUUGUCCCAGAGUAUCAGGAAUUCCAAGGAGAUUAAUUCUGAAAUGUUUUCGAGAUGUCUUGUAAAUCAGAAUCAAUUAUUAUUCAAUAGUAAUCAGAACCACAAAGUAAUCAGUUUUAGAGCUAUGCGUAAUACAAAUAAUAAAUUAUAUCAAGCUGUUGUUCAAACUGACUGAGACUCUUAUAAUAAAUUGUUGAAAGCGGAAAAAGUGCUGAUUGGGUAUAAAUAUUGCAAAAUUUGGAAUGGAAUAGAUUUGCGUCAUUGUUACAAUUGUUGCCGACAAGUGCAACGAAAAAAUCCCCACAUGUCCUAAAUGUCCUGAAAAACAUAAUCUGCAAGACUAUCAAUCAGAGAUGCUUAACUGUGUUCACUGCAGUCCAUUAAAGCAAACUAAUUCCAAUGUAGACUCAAAUCAUACGAUUUGGGAAAUUAACAAAUGUUUCGUAAUAAAACCCAUGUAAACAACUUCAAAAACAUUAUUCUAAAUUCGCAAUUGGUUUAGUACUAAUAAUUUACCUUUUGUUAGAAAAUGCUCUAUUAUUACGAUGUAUUAUCAGAAUGUACGUGGACUUCGUACCAAAGCCGGUCAAAUCUUGCUAGCAUCUCAGUCUAUCUUUAAUGAUAUAUUAGCCUUGUCUGAAACAUAGCUUAUGACAACAUAAUGAAUGGUGAAUUUUUUGAUUUAUCUAAUUUCAGUAUCUUCCACAGUGAUCGUUCAACUGAGAAAAGAGGUGGUGGUGUGUUACUAGCACUAAGAUCAAAAAUAUUAACGGGCAUAACUAGAUUUAACUACUGAUAAUCUCGGUGAUAUUCCUCAUAUUGAUUUACUUCUUGUUAAGGUAUUUUUUGAUCAUCGAAUUAUAUAUAUACUCACUGUGUGUAUGCCACCAAACAGUACUUUGUGAUGGUUUUGCUGUUUUCUCUGAUAUACUCAUGUCAUUGAAUUGCAUAUAUGGGUCUGAUUUUAUCUGUUGGUGACUUUAAUAUCUCGGAAUUUCUUAAUUGUGAAGAAGGUAAUAGACACUCCGCAAAGUUUGAUAUUAUUAAUAAUUUGAUUAACUAUUUUGAAUUAAAACAAUUUAAUUAUAUUACAAAUUAAAUGGGAAGACUUCUCGACUUUCUGUUUAGUAAUAAAUUUCCUUCAGUUUGCAAAGCUAGUGAAGUAAUCUUAUUGGAGGACAACUAUCACUCUGCGUUAGAAAUUGGAAUUACUUUUGAAAGAGCAAAAACUUUAAAAUCCUGCACCAUAAACCUAAACGAGUUUAACGUCAAAAAUGCCAAUUUUGUAGGACUUUAUGACAAUGAUAUGGUCAAUGUCUUCUACGACCAACUAAUGAUAAUUUUUGCACAACAUAUUCCCUAUAAAAAUAACUCUAUGGGAGCUUUUCCUGAAUGGUACAAAAAAAAUAUCAUUUUGCGUCUUAAACAUAAAUAUAAAUUGUGGAAAAGGUAUAAAGCUACUGGUGAUGAAGAAUGCGGCAAUAAAUUUAAGCAACCACGGUCUGAAUGGAAAAGAGAGAUACGAGAUGCCUAUUCCAAUUACCCACAAGUAAUUAAGGAUAAUAUAAAAACGAAUCCAAAAUCUCCAGGUCUGGUGGUUUACCAAGUGUUAUAAGUUAUGGGUCCUCUAGUUUAGAUAGCCCUCAGAAGAUAGCUAACGGUUUUGCGAAGUAUUUCUCGAGUUCUUUCUCUGGUCGCCUUUGCAGCGACUACCCUGAUAUGAAUCUUGACUCAUUGAAUGUGUUAUCGUUAUCCAGUAUUACAUAGGCUGAAGUAUUAUUGGCUCUAAAUAACAUAAAAAACUACCAUGGUAUCUGGCUCACAGUUAAUUCUUGCUUUUGUAAUAUCUGAUUGUAAGCACAUUUUUCUAAGACCAUUAACAUAAAUUUUCAUGUUCUGGUGUUUUUCCUGACAGCUGGAAGACGUCACGUGUUUGCCCCAUAUUUAAGCAAGGGAAUAAAUCUGAAGUUGAAAACUACAGACCCAUUGCUAUCAUUAACAAGUUCUGUAAGGUCUUUGAGUUAAUACUCCAUAAGAGAAUAUAUAAUUACAUAGCUAGUAUGAUAUCCAUCCACCAACACGGAUUUAUGGCUGGUAGGUCUACUGUUACAAACUUAGUUUCAUUGACACAACAUCUUUAUGAGAAUAUUGACAAGUCUGGUCAGGUGGACUUGGUCUACACGGAUUUUUCGAAGGCGUUUGACCGAAUCGAUUACGAAAUAUUGUUAUCUAAAAUGAAGUUGUAUGGAUUUUAAAAUGGUCGGACGAAUAUUUUUAAAUUAUACUUGAAGGAUAGAUAUCAAUAUGUACAAUAUCAUGGAUAUAGAUCUCACAAUUUUGAACAGUCUUAAGGUGUUCCUCAAGGAUCUGUUUUGGGCCCUUUGCUUUUUUAUUGUUCGUCAAUGAUAUUGUGUGUGAUUUGAAUGUCAAUUACCUAUUGUUUGCAGACGACCCAAAGUUGUUUUUGAAAAUUGAUAGCAUUGAGGACUGUGUUAGACUGCAAAAUAAUAUCUUAAAAACCAAUGAAUGGUUACUCUUAAUAAUUUACCGCUAAAUUUUAAGAAACGCUAUUCGAUGUCAUUUACAAAGAAACAAAUAAUAUCUAUUUAAUUACACCGUUAAGCGUACUGAAUUAGAGAGACGUAACUCACAUAAGGAUCUGGGAGUGACUUUUGUCUGUUAAACGUUCGUGAACAUGUAAAUACAACUGUCUUCUCUGCCUUCAAGUGUUUGGAUUGUGUCACAAGAAAUGCAAAACAUUUCUCUGAUGUUAGUGUUUUUAUCUUAUUAUAGGUACAAGACAUUUGUUCGUCCAAAGUUGGAAUGCGCGAGUGUCGUGUGGUCACCUAAUUAUAAUACCCACACACAAGAUCAGUUGAGAAAGUACAACGUCGUUUUGCUAAAUCUGCAUUAUUCUUGAUGGACGAUGUUUAUCCACCUCGAGGUUACCCAGAAGAUCUACUUCUUAAACGUAUAAACAUCCCGUUUCUGUUUUGCAGGCGAUCGUAUUUUUCUGUAAUAUUCUUAUUUAAAUGAACUCACUACCUAAUCGAUAGUCCAGACCUACUAAAUAAUAUAAACUUUGCAGUUCCAGCAUUUAAUAAACGGCAUCAUAAUAUUUUCUUUAUAUCAAACUUCAAAACGAACAUUCUAUCAAACUCUCCUAUCUAUCCAAUGAUUACAAAUUACGAAAAUAUUGAACACGCUGGAGAUAUUUUUAGAUUAAAUUCCUUUAGUAAGAUUCGUGAACAGUUCUUGCUCGUUUAGUUACAUUGAAUUCUUUUACUAAUUUUCUUACUUAUUAAUAGUCAUUACUUCUUAUCUGCCCUGUAAAUGGAAGUUUCUCCGUUGGGCAAUUUAAUUAAAUAAUAAUAAUAAUAAUAAAUGCAGGUGCAUAAUUCAUAUUUAAAUAGAUAUACUUAACUUGAAAUUAUUUUUAAUUUUUCAAGGCCAUUUUAAGGUUGUAAAUAGGAGAAACAUUGUUAAAAAUUAGAGUAAUGUAUAUUUAAUAUCAUCAACAGCUGCCAUUUUUCGUCGCUAUUUCUCGGUCACACCUUUUUUGAGGUGAUUUACUACUACUGAAUGGAACACCCAGAUGCAUGUGAGUUUUGGUGUUUUGAGUGGAUAGUCAGUGGUGAUGUAAGCAAAAUUUUUCGACAUCAUGAUAAGUCGUGGAAAAAACUUAGUAUAUUUGGCCAGAAGUGGAAAAUCUAAUGUACCAUUAAACGAAGUGAAACUAGAUGAAUCCGACGAACACUCGGACGAAUAUAAUUAUGAUUAUUUAGAAGACCAAUAUGCAGAAGACCCGUGGUCACAUUUUAAAAAGUGGCAAGCAGCAAAGAAAAUAAAAAUACCAUUGGCUCAAAGAUUGAAUAACUCAUACUGUAAUCAAAAGGACAACCAUAUGGAAAAUGAUAAUCAAAAUUUUGAAGAACGUGUGCUUGAAGAAUUAAGACCACUUGAAACUAGCCCACAACUCUCAACGUUAGACCACAAUCUUCAGAAUUCCGCCGAAAAGGAAGAUCAUAAUAGUGAUGACGAAAAUUCGCAUUUGUCGGAGAGUUCCCUAUUUGCAGAUUCAUCAGUUUCUUGGAAGCCCAAUCAAGAGAAUGAUGUCACUUCAGAAGAUAAUUAUUCCGAGAUAAGCGAGUCUAUCCCCCGAAAAUCACCUAUAUAUUUUCAGACCGCUUCUAAGGAACGUCAGUCAUCAAAUCCUGUCAAGUGUAUUGAAAGUUCUCUUGACGCGAAAAAUCCACUUCCAACGAGUCCAAAACCAUUACCUACAUCAGACUGUGAUUUAUCGGGUUCCACUCGAAGACCAAUUCAUAAAAAUCCUGUGGAACACAGUCUACGUAAGGGAAGAGUAUGGGACAAAAAGGAUCGCUGCUCUUACUGUGAUAAAGACGUCACUAAUUUUUCAAGACAUCUUUUUAGAAAACAUGCAGAAGAAGAAAGUGUACGAAAAAUCCUUGAACAGCCAAAAGGUGAACGCAAAAGAAAAAUUAUGAUUGAUCUCAUAAGAAAGCAAGGGAAUUUUACAGUACUAGGAGAGAAUAUAACGAGGCCGGUUCAAAGACCGUCUGCAAUACAAAGUAAAAAUGAUGAAAUUCUCCCAACAGAUUACCUUCCAUGCAUUUAUUGUAAAGGAUUAUACAAAAAAAAAUCUCUACGGAGGCACGCCCUUACUUGCUGUUACAAUAAAGAGAUGAAUCAAAAACACAAUUUUGCAAGCGAGGGUCAGACAAUGAUUGCUUUUACUGAAUCUCGUCAAGAAUUUCUAAAAAAAUCAAGAUUGAAAUGCGAAGUGUUUAGCAAAAUGCGUGCUGACAGAAUAUCUUUAAACGGAAAAAGUGACCCAAUAAUCUGUCAAUAUGCAGAAGACUACCUGCGCAAACAUAAAAGACCACAUAUCAAAAAUGCGGUAUCAAACAAAGUGAGGGAAUUGGGAAGACUUCUCAUUCCACUUCAAGAUAUUUAUAAAAUUAAUUCCAUGCUAGAAGUGUUAAAACCUGAACACUUUGAUAAAGUAGUUUCCGCCAGCCGCAUAAUUUCGGGUUACAAUGAAGCAAAGCGAUCCUUUAAAGCGCCUUCUCUUGCUCUUCAUAUGAAAACAAUAUUAUUAGCUGUAUGCUCUUCAGCUAAAACUCUUAUGUUAAAAAAACAUCCUAUUUUGGGGAUUACCGAUUAUGACAUAGCACUCAAAAAUGUUAAGGGAUUUCGGGAGUUGGUCGAUGCUAACUGGAAAUUUGAAAUGAGCAGUCUGGCACUAAAGGACCUUAAUGAAAAGCAAUCAAUAAAUCCGCAGAAAUUACCAGUAACCCAGGAUAUUAUUUUAUUCAGAAAUUAUACGCAAGAAAUUGCGGAAACAUGUGUGAAAGAACUAGAAACGAAUUCAGAAAACUUGACGUCAUUCAAAAAACUUACGGAAGCGGCUUUGGCUCUGACAAUAAUUUUAAAUAGGAAGAGAAUCGGAGAUGUACAAUAUACACAAUUAGAAUCUUAUAAUCGAAUAUCAACAAGUACCAACCAAGAGGAGUGCCUUAGUUCCCUAAAUGAAUGUGAAAGAGAAUUAUCGAAGCAUUUUAAACGCAUUACCACAGUGGGAAAAGGAAGUAGGUCAGUUCCGAUACUUUUUUCAAAAAAUGUACAAAAAUACAUAGAAACACUUCUAUCAGUCAGAAGAAAAACUACGUUCGUACCGCAUGAGAAUCCAUUUUUAUUCGCGUUAACAGGAAGCUCAACUAAAUGGGUGGAUGGAUCAGCCGUAUUAAGAAGAUAUGCAGUCAAAUGUGGGGCCAAAAAUCCUGGUACUCUAACCUCUUCUCGCCUUAGAAAACAAAUUGCAACUGUCCUACAGAUUUUAAACCUUAAUGACACUGAAAUGGAGCAAGUGGCCACCUUUAUGGGCCAUACCAAAAAAACCCACGAACAAUUUUAUAGGAUGCCGCAGGACGUUUUUCAAACUGCAAAAAUAGCCAAGUUACUUCUAAUGAUGGAAAGGGGAGUCGGCAGCCAGAAUCAGGGUAAAACUCUUGAUGAAAUCAACGUCGAAUUGGAAUCGUGGAAUGGAAAAUCUCUUGAAGACCCUGGAAGUGAAUCAGAGGACCAUGAUUUGGAGGAAAAAAGCGCACAUGAUGAACCAAAGGAAGAAGAUGAAAGAAUUAGACUAGACAUGCCAACUAUGUCUGUGACUAGUGUUAACGUUACGCAAACCAACAAGCACAAAGCUCAAACUAUGUCUGAUGAUUCUCCACUCAAAAAGAAAAAGAUAUCUAAAGAAAAACCCAAAAAAGAGAAAUGUCGUGGAACAUGGAACGACAAGCAAAAGUCCAUAAUGUUAAAUUAUUUUAAAAAUCAUAUUAAAAACAAAAUUUCGCCGAAAAAAGCGGAAUGCUUAAAAUUACAACAAGACAAUUUAGAUUCAUUUAUGAACAAGACUUGGGUACAAAUUAAAGUUUUUGUUUAUAAUACUUACAAAAAUAAAUAAAAUUGUAAUAUUCCUA